AUGGCAGAAGUCCUUACUGAUCAAGCGACACGCACACAAUCAAAGAUCCAUGCUACGGGGCUGGAUAUGUCUGAAAAGAAUCAGGGCUCGGAUACUCCUUCAGAACGCAAAAAUGAUCCGUCAGAGGAAGACUUCCAACGUGGUGUCCGGCAGGCUCGAGCAAUCACAACAGUAUGGGGAAAGCGGACGUUGUGGCUCAUGUUUGCGCUACUAUACAUCGUAUCUUUCGUCGACCAGCUCCUUGUCUCAGUCCAGUCAUCCUUGAACCCAUACAUCACAUCAGCCUUUGGUCGACAUGGCCUGCUUGCAGCUGUCAGCAUCGUGCCUACAAUUCUAGCCGGUACUGCCAAAUUGACGUUAGCCAAAAUCAUCGAUCUAUCUGGUCGUGUCGAGGGAUUCAUCUUCAUGCUAGGAAUAUCUAUUCUUGGUUGCAUCAUCAAAGCAACUGCUCAGGACAUUCAAACCUACAUUGCAGCCCAUACCCUCUACUGGACUGGUCAUCUUGGCUUACUGUAUGUCAUCGACGUAAUGCUUUCUGAUAUGACUACGCUCAAGAACCGCAUGAUAGUUCUGACAGUCAAUACCACACCUCUGAUUGCGACGACGUUCGCCGGUCCAAGGGUGGCGGAGCUGUUCUACAACAACAGCAACUUUCGCUGGGCAUUUGGCGCAUUCUCGUUUGUACUCGCCGGUAUAUGCCUUCCAGUCAUUGUGAUCAUGUUGUGGUCUCAACGAAAGGCUGUCAAGACUGGAGAUCUGAUUCGAUACGACUCUGGUCGUAACUGGUGGCAAUCGAUCAAACAUAUAUACAUCCAGAUGGACAUCACCGGGAUCAUUCUGAUUACGGCCGCCUUUGCGCUGUUUCUACUACCAUUCAGCUUAGCAUCAUAUGCUCCACAAGGCUGGAGAACCGGAUACAUCAUUGCCAUGCUGGUGCUGGGGAUCAUUCUUAUGCCGACAUUUUGUGCUUGGGAGCGAUAUGUAUCACCAGUUCCUUUCUUGAAGUGGGAAUAUCUCCUGAAUCCCACGAUACUGGGUUCUUGCUUCUUGUAUUGCAUUCUCUUUGUCUCGAUAUUCUGUUGGAACUCCUACAUGAGCUCAUACCUCCAAGUCGUUCAUCAGCUAAGCAUCAGCAACGCGGGAUAUGUUCUCAAUGCCUUGUCCCUGACUUCGGCCGUCUUCAGCCCUUUCAUCGCCUGGAUUAUACGAGCAACUGGCGACUUCAAGUACACUGCGUACUCCGGUGUACCCAUCCUUGUCAUUGGGACAGCACUGCUUAUUCCUUUCCGUACACCCAACACGAACAUUGGAUUGGUUGCAUUUACACAGAUCCUGGUAGGCCUUGGCAGCGGCAUCUUCUCGACCUGCGUUCAGUUGUCUAUCAUGGUACCUGUAACCCAUCAAGAGAUUGCAGCCGUGCUCGCUAUUCAGGGUCUUUUCGGAUCAAUUGGCUCAUCCAUCGGCAUUGCUAUCGCAGGUGCGAUCUGGAAUAACGUGCUGCCAGAUCAGCUCUACAACCGGUUGCCUGACGAAAGCAAGGAUCUGGCAGCGAGCAUUUUUGCGUCCCUACCAACACAGCUCAGCUACGAGUGGGGCUCACCUGAGCGCGAAGCAAUCGUGGACGCUUACGGGGCCGUCCAGAGGUACAUGGUUAUUGCUGGCGCCUGCUUCACACCGUUUUGUUUGCUUUCGAUCUACAUCUGGAGAAAUGUCAACGUCAAAAAGCUGGAAGAAGAGUAUGGAAGGCAGACCAAGGGUACAGUGUGGUAA